AUGAGGCAGCGUGACGUUCUGCCGAUCUCCCUGGCGGCCGCCUCGGAGAUCUGUGCUGGGGGCGCCGGCGGGCUGGGCUUGUCCCAGAGCCAGCGGCGGCGGCUUCGACGUCGACGUGCUCAGGAGGGCUGGCUGUUCGAGGGCAUCCGCGCCUUGAACGAGCUGGGCGCUCCGGAGCCGCUGGCGACCUCGCCUUCGUCCUUGACUUCUGCUCAGGUCUCGGCCGUUCGACACCUUGCUCGGCAGUGCGGAUCAGUCGUCGCUCCCCCGCCUGACUGCGGGGGCGCCCUGGGAGCGUGGGAGGCGCCCCAGGGUACGCGGCCCGGCUACGCGGAUGACGCGAUGGCCGUCGGUGCUCGGGCGAACUUCGAGCGAGGGAACGUGUCGCUUCCCGCGGGGCUCUCUGGGCGAGUUGCGCUGAGUGAGUGCCUGCCGCCCGCCCUGCAGUCUGCGCUUGAAGAUCGGUCAAUCCUACUUUCUGAGGAGGAGGCUGCCGCUCGCCGUGACAGCUUUGAUGGCAGCCUCUUCCUUGAUCCCGUCCUUCGGGAUAACCCCAAACUUUUUGGAGAGUUCGUUCCCGAGCUCUGGGCCGCUGGCGUUGUGGAAUUUACACUUCCUGAACAGUACAGGUGUUUCGGCCUGCCCUCCCUUCCUAUUGCGCACCUGUCCCCGGACCUCGUCGCCGCGCUCCCGGAUGCGGCUCGUAAUCGGGGCUGGGCCCGCGUGCGGGCUCGUGUGGUGCCGAUGGGUUGGAAUUGGGCCGUGGCUCUUGUACAGGACGCUAACAAGUAUCAGCUCGAUAAAGUUUCCCCCGAGGCCCCGUGGCUCCUAGAUAAGGUCCCGCUCCCGCCUCUUGGCGACGUUGGGUCGCUUCGCGGACUUUAUAUCGACAACUUUGUUUCCAUUGCCCAGUCUAAGUCGGUUGCCACCUCGGACGUCGAGAGUAUGCAGUCUCAGCUCGCGGGCCUUGGGAUCGCGUCGACCUUGGAGACCUCAGAGGCGGGGGACAAUGACUUCAUAGGUUUCACUUUGGUGGGCUCGUCUGGGGAGUGGCGUCCUAAAGCUAAUCGUUUCUGGAGGUUGAAACUGGCUGCCGACUAUCUUCUUGAGGUUCGACCUGCUAUCGCACGGCAGGGGCUGGAGCGUUUCGUGGGCCACGUCACGGCUCUGUUUUCGCUUUCCCCGGAGCUCUUGUGCCUCAUGGAAAGGGUCUAUGUGUUCAUCCACGAGAGUUACACUCGCCGUCAGCCCCUCUGGCCAUCUGUUCAUCGCGAAGUUCGGUGGAUACGGGCUCUUCUGCCCUUGGCUCGUGCCUCGAUGCGUCGCCCGUGGUCGAGCCGAGUCUUCGGCUACGACGCGUCAUGCUGGGGAUUUGGAGUUGGGUCGACGCGCUGGGAGACUGGUGAGGUCGCCGCUGUGGGCCGUGUUCGUGAGCGAGCACGCUUUCGGGGUCUUGUCAGUAGCUCAAAGGCGCCGCGGUCCCGGGCUCUGGACCACCAGGAGGAGCUGGAGAUCUCGGAGGCUUCGGAGGCCAACAUCCUGGGACUUGGGCGGGCUCGCUCUUUCGCUGAGGUCCCGGCGGCCCUGGUCGAGCGGCGCUGGGCUGUGGCCUACGCGGGCCGCUGGAGGGGGGCCCCGGGGUCCCAGGUCCAUCUCGAGGCCCGGGCCAGGACCUGGACGGUGCGACAUGUUGCUCGAGAUUGCAGCCUUCAUAACACCCGUGUGCUGCUUCUGAGCGAUAACAUGUCGGUGAUUUGUGCUCACGCGAAGGGCAGGUCGUCGACUCCGGCCAUGAACUUUCAGUGCCGGCUCUCGUCUGCCAUUGCUCUCGCCGUCGGGCUCAGGCUUCACGACCGAUGGGUCCCCUCGGAGCUCAACGCCCUGGACGCUGCGAGCCGAGGCUCGGGCCGCCUGGAGCGCCUCCGGGCGGCGACGCGGGCGCGGCUGCUGCUGCUGGCCCCGCUGCUGACCGGCCUGCAGCAGGAGCGGAUCCGCCCGGCGACGCAGGCGGGCUACUGCGACGUGCUGGAGCAGCUGGCUGGCUACCUGAAUCAGUGGCCGCUGCCCGCUUGGUCGGGCCCGCAGUGGGACUUCCAGCUCCUCAACUUCGUGGAGUGGGCGCGGGGCGAGGGGUGGUCGCGGGCGCUGGCCUCUCGGCUGCUGGCCGCCGUGGUGUGGGCCCAGCCUACGUUGGGCGGCCCGCUGCGCCAGGUCUUCCCCGGCGCGCAUGCGGCCAUGCUGGGCUGGCGCCAGCUGGGCCCGGGGCACAGCCGCCCGCCGCUGCCCUGGGGCGUCGUGCUGGCCUUGGCGUGGGCGAUGCUGCCCGAGUGCCCUGUGGGCGCCCUGGCCAUCAUCGUCAUGUUCGAGACCUACAUGCGCCCCUCGGAGCUCCUCAGCCUGACUGUGGGGCAGCUGGUGCCGCCCGCGACGUCGCGCGGCCAGGGCGCGUUCUGGGGCUUCUGCGUUCGCGUGGAGGAGCUGGGACGGCCGUCCAAGACCCAGGAGUUCGACCUGAGCGUGCUCCUCGACUUGGACCGCCACCGCCCACUCAUCCCGCUGCUGCAGGCGCUGCAGGCGGGGCGCGCCCGCGGAGAGCGCCUUUUCGACGUCAGCUCGAGGCAGUUGUACCGGUCCUUCGCGCUGGCCGUGCAGCAGGUGAAGGUCUCUUGCGUCGAGCCGAGCCUCUACGCGCUGCGGCGCGGGGGCGCCAGCCACGAUCGCCUCGUUCGAGCGCGGUCGCUCCUCGAGGUGCAGCAGAGGGGGCACUGGCGCAGCUUUCGGAGCGUCGCUCGCUACGACAAGCACGCGCGGGUGUCCUUGCAGCUCGGCAAGCUCCCCGCGACGGUGAGGGGUCAGAUCGCGGCGCUGGUGGACCGCGGCCUCAUGCCCUUCGUCGAGCGCUGCGCCAAGCUCUUGCGCAGCCGCAGCCCCUCGGCCCGAGGAUCUUUCUAG